AUGAGUCGCUGUUCUUUAUUCUCGCCUGCUUUUGUCGGAAACAAGUUAGUUGACUUUGCUUUCCACAGUGUUAUAGCAAGAUUGACCGCGUUACUUGUGGUCUCGGGCGUCUGGGCUUUUUCUUCUAUCCAUCUGCACAAGCCUGUUCGCUGUGUACCAAACGACGAGACGGGAGGUCCUGUUAUCGCAGCUGACUGCGUCGAUCCCGACUACGCUCUUUACGUAUUCGACAGCGAGACGGACGUAACGAACCCCACACCUCAUCGUCGGAUUUCUGGGCAUUUCGUCGGCACAAAGGUCGACUUUAACAUAUACCUCACUCCUAAGCUGCGAUGGAAGGGGCGGUUCUUCCAACAUAUGCACCCAUUGCAGACUUCUCUUGCCGAUGAUAACGCCAUUUUGUUUGGAGCUGAAAGUGGUGGCUACACGGUUCAAGCUUCCGGGACGAUCGGUUACCGCGCUGAUGCAGCUCUUGCAAGGCUUUCACGCCAUGUCGCACGAGAAUACUAUAAUAGCCCGUCUGAAAAGAUCUACGGGUAUAUCUACGGCGGCAGUGGUGGUUCUCUUCAAGUCGUUGGCGCUGCUGAGAACACAUUUGGCGUCUGGGAUGGAUGUGUCACCCUCAUCCAGGCAAUACCAAUGUCCAUACCCUACAACUGGGGUAUUCGAGCGUUGGGCGGCUUGGUCCUUGCAAACCGCUCCAAGGAUCUCAUUGAUACAAUCCAGCCAGGUGGUAGUGGAAAUCCUCAUGCAGUCCUUAACGAUCUUGAGAGCCAAAUCUUAACAGAAACACAGCAUCUUGGUGUUCCUACCAGAGGCUGGGAAGAUUGGGAUGCCAUCGCGGGUAACCGUACCCAAUUAUGGAAAACCCUCAAAGAUCUCACCAUUCCCAUACUCCAACGCAUGGACACUACGUAUGUUGAUGAUUUUUGGACCAAGGAUGGUUAUGCUGGAAGUGAUCAAUCUGCAUUGGGAGAACGGUUCCGUAACGCUCUUGUUCAAUUCACCAGUUCUAUCGAGAAUGUUACUGCAGGCGACAACGGUUUAGUAACUGAGUUCACGUUAGGAAAUGUGCCUAAGGACAUAACUGAUGUUGUAGGCUUUGGCUUUUCUGUCAUAGUCGACAACUUGAUACAAUAUUUCUCGGGAGAGUUUGAUUCUGCGACGAGAACAGUAUACGUCUCAGCCCGCGCCUCUAACGAGAUCCGCGAGGCUCUCAAGCCUGGCACCAACAUCCAGGUUGAUAACCGGUGGUACCUUGCCACGCAUACAUACCAUCGCCACCAACUCCCUCCGUCCAGCAGCACUUUCCAAGGCCAUGAUUAUCUCCGCAAUGAACAAGGCCAGCCACUCUACCCUCAGCGAGAUAUCUUGAUAGGACCACACAUCUCAAAACCCGCAUCUGGAAACGGUACGCACACGGGCAACAUCACCAUGAAGAUGAUUGCCAUGGACAACCUUCUUGACGUUGACGCUUUCCCUUUGCAUGCAGAUUGGUACAAAAACCAGGUCCUCAAGGCCAAGGGUGACCUACGAGAUCACUACCGCCUAUACUACAGCGAUAAUGCCAACCACGCCAUGGGGAGUAUUGAAGCUCCCUAUACAAGUCGCGUGGUGGAUUUUACUGGCCUUUAUCAGCAGCACUUACACGACAUGGUUGCGUGGGUCGAGAAUAACGUAAACCCUCCCCCGCCUACAAAAUACAUCAUUGAGAAGGGUCAGGUCAGGAUCCCUCCGUCUGUGGAGGGACGAAAGGGCAUCCAGCCAGUGGUUGAGCUUUUCGUAGACGGAUCCAAAGUCAUAAGGGGAGCCCCUGGCAAGAAGCAAGAGUUCCGCGUCAAGGCACAAGUCCCAGAUGGCAUUGGUUACAUUGUUGCUCUUGAAUGGGACCCUCUCGGGGUUGGUGAGUAUACCAAACUAGAUAUCCAACCAGGACCUGAGGUUGCUUACGAAACAUCAUAUACAUAUAAUGAGCCUGGGGUUUACUUUGCCGGCGUGCGAGCUGCUUCUCAUCGGAGUAUGGACACGGAUACAGAUAUUGCCCUGGCGUGGAAUUUAGAUAGGGUCAGGGUAGUGAUAGGGUGA